GCAGCAGUGAGCUGAGACUCGUCCGCUCGUGCAAUAGAAACAGAGAAAGAAUCCUCCCCAGUGCUAUCGUCGGUUAGCUGUUUAAUCUUCCCUAUUGAUAAUUUGAUUAAGUAUAUCAGCAUUUGGUAUAUUCGGUUCUAUAAACGCCUGUUAUCACGAAAGGGAAUGUACUACAGAUAAUCGUGUCAAACAGUGUUCAGGUCAGGAAUACUCAUGAGCUUUACUAUCUGAGGACCCAGCGAGCACAGGAGAAGAUGGAGCGAUCGGAGAAGGAGUUGAAGCAACGACUACGCGUGUGCGUAGCCACCUGUAACAGAGCGGACUACUCUAAACUCGCCCCCAUCAUGUUCGGCAUCAAGGCUCACCCUGAAAUCUUUGACCUAGAGGUGGUGGUGCUGGGUUCACAUCUCAUUGAUGAUUAUGGAAACACGUUCCGUAUGAUUGAGCAGGAUGAGUUUGACAUCGGCUCCAAAUUGCACACCAUUGUUCGUGGUGAGGACGAAGCUGCCAUGGUGGAGUCGGUGGGUCUCGCACUCGUGAAGCUUCCCGACGUGCUCCAGCGUCUCGCCCCUGACAUUCUGCUCGUUCACGGCGACCGUUUUGAUGCGCUGGCCUUGGCGACGGCAGCGUCUCUAAUGAACAUUCGCAUAUUGCACCUUGAAGGCGGAGAAGUGAGCGGAACCAUUGAUGAUUCAAUUCGUCAUGCCAUCUCCAAACUGGCACACUACCACGCCGUCUGCACACUCUCAGCCGAGAGACACCUCAUCUCCAUGUGCGAAGACCACUCUCGUAUCUUAUUGGCUGGCUGCCCGUCGUACGACAAGCUGCUCUCUGCACACCAACGAGAUGAUUAUGCUGAUAUCAUCAAAUCUUGGAUUGGCAGUGAUGUGAAGGAGCAGGACUAUAUUGUGGCCCUGCAGCAUCCCGUUACCACAGACAUCAAGAACUCUAUUAAAAUCUAUGAGCUAAUGCUGGACGCUCUCAUCUCUUUCAACAAGAAAACUCUCAUUCUCUUCCCGAAUAUUGACGCAGGCAGUAAGGAGAUGGUUCGUGUGAUGAGACGGAAGGGAAUCGAACAGCAUCCGAAAUUUCGUGCAGUAAAGCAUGUUCCGUUCGAUCAGUUCAUCCAGCUGGUCGCACACGCCGGCUGCAUGAUUGGGAACAGCAGCUGUGGAGUUCGUGAGGCCGGAGCGUUCGGAACACCUGUCAUUAACCUGGGUACUCGCCAGACAGGUCGAGAAACAGGGGAAAAUGUUCUGCAUGUGCGAGACGCAGACACGCAUAAUAAAAUCUACCAUGCUCUGGAGCUGCAGUUUGGAAAACGCUACCCCUGCUCCAAGAUCUACGGUGAUGGUAAUGCGGUCCAGCGUAUCUUGAAGUUCCUGCAGUCCAUUGACCUAUCUGAGCCACUACAGAAGAAAUUCUGUUUUCCUCCCGUGAAGGAGUGUAUCUCUCAAGAUAUUGACCACAUUCUGGAGACACAGAGUGCCCUUGCUGUUGACCUGGGUGGGACCAACCUGCGUGUCGGCAUUGUCAGUAUGAAGGUGUAUAACAAUCACAGGGUCCAUACUUCCAGUCAGAGUGAUGGAGAGGGUAAAGUGGUUAAGAAGUAUAUCCAGUUGAAUCCAAAGACGUUUGAGGAGAGGAUAGAGCUGAUUCUGACCAUGUGCAAACAAGCCAUGGCUGAUGCCGUUCAUCUCAACUGCAGAAUCCUGGGAGUCGGUGUGAGCACAGGGGGGCGUGUGAACCCACAAGACGGGGUCGUCCUCCACUCCACCAAGCUAAUAAACGAGUGGAGUUCGGUGGACAUCCGUACACCUCUCUCUAGCGCCCUUCAUCUGCCCGUGUGGGUCGAUAAUGAUGGGAACUGUGCAGCUCUCGCUGAGAGGAAAUUUGGCCAUGGCAAAGGCGUGGAGAACUUUGUCACCAUUAUCACUGGAACCGGAAUUGGAGGUGGUAUAAUCCAGCAUAAUGAACUGAUCCAUGGUAACACAUUUUGCGCGGCUGAACUGGGACACAUUGUGGUCUCACUGGAAGGACCAGAGUGCAUGUGUGGCAGCCACGGCUGCAUAGAGGCCUACUCAUCAGGUCUCGCCCUGCAGAGAGAAGCCAAGAGACUCCAUGACGAGGACUUGCUGUUGGUGGAGGGAAUGACUGUGAAUAACAAAGAACAGGUGAAUGCUAUUCAUCUAAUCAACGCUGCUCGCCUCGGCAACCCCAAAGCUGAGAGCGUACUUCGCACCGCGGGUACUGCGCUGGGUUUGGGCAUUGUGAACAUCCUGCACAUGAUCAACCCAUCUCUAGUGAUUCUGUCUGGUGUCCUGGCGAAGCAUUACGAGGAUCCAGUUCGUCAGGUCAUCAGCCAGCGCGCUCUGCUCUCAGCGCAGGGGACCAACAUCAAGGUGUCUGAGCUGGAGGAUCCUGCUCUGCUGGGUGCCGCCAGCAUGGUACUGGACUAUACCACACGCCGUACCUACUGACGGAGCUCGAAAACCAGGAACCAAUCAGUUACAGACUUAACGACCGAGGGCCAAUCAUGUGCUACGUCCUUGUUAGGAUCAUAGUGGCUUUUUAAGCCUGACGAGAAAAAGCUUUUAUUUGUUUUGCUAGUUUUUUCUGUAGUCUAAAUAGGUGCUAUAUUAUGUGGGAUCAAACGCCUGAUGAAAGGAUUGUAAUUUUGAAGAAUAAGUAUAUGAAGUAAAAUUUUUAUUUAUUAUUUGCACGGUGGAACUAAUGGGGUAUUUGUUACAGAGGCUGCUAUGGUUUGAUCACCAUGCUCCAUGUCUUGCUUUCUAUUAUUUGUGUUUUUUUCAUGUUCUUCUUUGCGCCUUGUACUGAUCUGUUGCCAAGCCUUUUUUGUGUCUUCAGCACCAAAUGUUUAGUUUUAUUCAUUUACCCAACCUGUAUGAAUGAGUGAAAAAUGUUUACUCUAAUUUAAUAUUUUAUUUUUGAAUCACAGAACCUGUAAAAUUAUUUUUUAUUUUAUGUACAUUAAAAUCAACGAACAAAAUGUC